GCCGGACUGAGGCACAAAGAGGAAACGCAAACGCUCUAUUUCCGCUGCAGCAGCCAGAACGGGUACAUCAAAAAAGAAAGGAAAAUGUGGAUAGUGAGGACGAACUGAGGCCGGAGGAGACACGUCGAACUUCAACUACUCCUUUCACAAGGCCACGUUACUGGGCAGUUGGGAUUAUUUAAACUGUCCAUCCGAGUAUUUUACCAUAUUACGGGUCGUUUCGAAGUUAAUCCGUCCACCUCGUUCUGUGGUAGUUUGUUUUGAGGAAGCAGCGCGGCUAGCCAGCUCAAUUAGCCUACCAGAGAUGGGGACGAGAACGAGUCGCCUACACGAAGACACGGUUUCCUCAGCUUUCGGGAAAGAUGGGACAAAGCGGGAUUCCUGUCGGCGACAUCGCUGCACGAGGCCCACCAGCCUCGUUGUCGACUUUUCGGUGAGCUUCGAUGACACUGAGGCUAACCGAAGCCGAUCGGAGGAGGGUAGUGACUCGGACCCGGGGCAGCUCGGAGCGAGCGCGGACGGCAGCCCUGCUGACCACCACAGCAUCCCCUCUAGCAUUGGCCAGGCGUCACCCGGGGACGACGACAACAGCGAGGGGAAACCCGAGGAAGACGGCAAUGUUAGUCCAGAGGCUCCCGUCGACGCAGAACACCAGCAGGUUGAGGAGACAGGCCGCACACCACACCGCACCUUUUCCGAGCGGCUGCCCGGGAAUCGGCACUCUGCCACCCGUGUUGGCGCAAGGUCCGCCCGUGUUCGAAGCACACACCAGCGGCCGGUGUCAGAGGCUUGGAUCGGCCUUUACCGUUUGAACAAUCGCCACGGCAAUAUCCGCUGUCCUUUCUGCUCAAAGCCUUUCCCGGGGGGUCGGAUUGAGGAUCACCUGUUGAGUUGCCUCACAUCUCCUCCUCUACCUUACAACACGGAUGUGCUCAGUAAAGACAGUGGAGAGUGUUCCAUCUGUUUGGAGGAUUUGGUACAGGGAGAGACCAUCGCCAGACUGGCCUGCCUUUGCGUCUACCACAAGAGCUGCAUUGAUUCCUGGUCAAAGGUGAAGCCUUGCUGCCCUGAACAUCCCUUUGAUUGACUCAUGGGGUCACAUGUAUUCCACGCCGUGACCAACCUGACUCAGGAGACUACACUGAAUCCGAAAAAUCCCCAAUAAAAAAUGUGUAAUUGAA